AUGUCAAAUUUAGAACCCAUUGAAGAAGAAAUGUAAAGCUCAUUUAGUUUUCAAGGAAAUACAGCAGAAGAAAAGCUAGUCAACGCCAAAUCAAUUAUUGAGUCUCUUGAGAAAGAAUUAUUCAAACUACGCACAGAUCUAAAACGAUCUGAGGCUACCGUUCAAAAGCUUCAAGAUAGUGCAGCUUUGCAAUCUCAAAACCACAAUAACACAUCCUCAGCUUUUUCCCUGCCAAGCGAAUUUAAAAAGAUUUGGGAAGUCAUGGUUUUGGAAAAUAUUUUGGACGUUUUUUCAUCAUUUUUGUCAGACCAUGUUACAUUUACGAUGCUUAUACAGGUUUUAAUAAAGCUUGUAAUCGACAAAGUUCAGUCUCAAAUCAAUUAUAAAGUCAAUGAAAUCAUGAAUUUAUUAUUAAUCCCGAGCAGCGAAGAAGAAGGGGUCAAAAAAUAUCUGCUGAAGCUUUUUCAAGAUUUUUCGCUAAAAUCGUUUCCAGUACCAUCACUGUUGGAUAUAAAAAAAGAGUAUACAGAAGCUGUGGAGGGAAUAGAGCAAGUGGAAGAUUUUGAAGACAUGGUGGAUUCACCUGAAUUUGAAAAAUUUGUUAUAAUAAUCCACAAGCUGAGUUUGCAUAUGUGCUUAAAUGACCCACCUUUAAGUUUGAAUUUUUCUGAAAAUCUGGAGUAUUUGGUGUUCGACAAGCCUGAUGAAUUUUAUUGCAUUGAUGGGUUCCCGAAAAAUGCGCCUCCAUGUGUAAUUGUGGUGCCCCCUGUAAUGAGAAAUAAUUAUGCCUAUCAUGGAAUUAAGCCAGCAGUUUUGGUACUUACAAAGCAAGAUGUAGAAGAAGCUAAAAAAAGGCCAAAUUUCCUGAAAGAGAAAAAAGUUAAAAAAGAAGAAAAUGAUAUUAAAGUAGAAGAAUUAGAAACUGAGGCAAUCCAUCAUGAAAAUAAUAAAGAAGAAAAGCCUCCAAUCGAAAUAAAAGAGGAAAAGAAUGAAAAGAAAAAAGAAAUUGUUUCAAAAUUUGAAAUAAAACCUCUAAAGCUGCCUAUCAAAGAAGAAAUAAAGCAUCAUGAAAAAGCAGAAAUUGCAGAAGAUGAAUGCUUGAAGAUAUCAACAGGAAUAAAAAUAGCAAUUGAUCCAACGAACGCUACUGAAACCAAAGAAACUCUGAAUUCCAAAGAUGUGGAAUCUGACCAAUUCAGUUUUUCAAAAGAGAAAACUGUGAAGGCUGAAAGGUACUCUGAUGAAGAAAACCAGCCUCCGCUUUCGAAGUCCCCUGGGCAUAUUGUAAAAACCAGUACUAGAGACACUUCCCCUCGCCAAGUUAUGGAUUUGUACUGCAGAUAUAAGACCCAAUCUAAAGAAAGGAAAACUUCCAGCUUCGAUGAUGAUCGCUCACUUUGCUAUUUACCUUUGCAAAAGAAAUCACCAAUUAGAGUAUCAAACUUUAUCCGCCCAGACUCACAAAGGCACUAUCAAUCUGCAAGAGUAUUUGAAAAAAAUUCUUCAAGCAUGCCUAAAAAGCAUGAAAUAUGCACUCAAUGCAAGCCAAAGCUUCCUUGCACCAGGUGCGCAAAGACAUCUCUUCUUGCCUUAAGUAUUCUAAAUAUUAUCAAUAUAUUAAAAAAUAAAAAAUCCUAUAGAAAAUGUACAGUUAUUAUAAUUAUAUAUAACAGAAUUCCAUUGUCCAUAUACAACCAAAGAAAUGUGACCCCAGUUCGAGCUUUUAGUUCAUCAACGUUAAACAGUUCUGGAAGGUUUGACAAGUCAAAAACCCAGUCUUUACACACUAGAAAGCCUAGUCCCAAUUACAAUGAUCGCCCUCAAAACGGAGUAUCUGAUAAAUGCAAAGUCAUGUAA